CCCCAGGCAAACUCUCUCCCACAUCCAUCUCUAGCUUGGCUCCGUCCCCUGCACCUCUUCAGAGACAAAGGAGGCCCUCCAUCAACACUCAGUCUCUCCACCAGUCCAGCAGAGAAGCCGCACCAUGCCGGACACAAUCAUGUCCAAGGAGCCCAGUUCCAACCUGGAGAGCGCCAUGCAGAUCCUCAUAAAGACCUUCCACAAGUACUCAGGGAAGGAGGGCGACAAGUACACGCUGAGUCGGGGCGAGCUGAAGGAGCUGCUGGUGGAGGAGCUGGGGAGCUACUUGGGGAGCUCCAAAGAUAAUGAAGGAGUCGAGAAGGUGAUGAACGACUUGGACGCCAACAACGACGGGGAGGUGGACUUCACCGAGUUCAUCAUCCUGAUGGGUGCCCUCACGGUCGCCUGCAACGACUUCUUCCUGGAGUACAAAACAGACGAGAAGCCGAAAGAUGGAAGCAAAUCCGAGUCGGCGGAGAAGAAAGAUUGAAGCCGUGCAAGAGGAGAAGAGUGGAGGGAGGGAGAGGGGUGGAAAGGGAAGUGGGGGAGAAGAAGAGAGGGAGGUAGAUGAGGAGGAGGGGAGAGAGCUGUAAAUCAGGAGACAGAGAGGACAGAGCUGGAAUGGAUAUUUGUCUUGUGCAAUUCGUAAACACUCCGGCUACACAUAAGGGAAGCGUUCCAGCAGAUAGUUUGUGGGUUCACAGGGCACGGGGGCAUUCAGCAGGAGUCCAGUGUUUUCCCUGCAACACUUUUUCAUUCCAAAAGCACAUCCGGAGCUUGUUUCACAAACAGGACGAGGAAUCUUCCAACUUCUUCCAGCUCACAUCCAGCAGCAGUUUAGACAGUUUCUUGCAAGUUCUGAAUAAAGGCACUGGGGGGGGGGAGAGAGAGGAAGUUUUGUUGCAGGACGCACACUGGGCUUGUUUGAGCAUUUCUUGCACAUGAAUAACUUCUGAUCACAUAUAAAUAUAAAUGAAAGAUGAUCGUAUCAUUGUAUGUACUCAGUGUUUUAACAACAGAAUAUGAAUUACCCGCUUUCCUGCACCUAUUUUGUAAUCGUU